AUGUAAGGAUAAGAUAAAAAAUUAGUUUGGUUAGAUUGCGAUCCUGGAGCUGAUGAUGCUAUGGCUAUAUUUUUGGCAGCAUACAGUGAUAAAAUAUAACUAUUAGGUAUUUCAACUGUACAUGGAAACAGCUCAAUAGAAAAAGUGACUAACAAUGCAUUGAAAGUUCUAAAAAUGGGUGGAAUUUAAGGAAUUCCAGUUUAUAGAGGAUUAGAAUAAGCUAUAGUUAGAAGAGAUAAAAUUAAUAUUCAAUUCCACGGAGAGAGCGGAAUUGAUGGAUGUGUUUUGCCUGAUACUGAAUAGGAGGCAAUUGAAGAUGACGUAUUUCAUAAAAUUUAUCAUACACUUAAGAAUCAGUCAUAGAAAGUGCAUUUUGUAGCAACUGGUGCUUACUCUAAUUUAGCUAUACUGCUAACAAUAUAUCCUGAUAUUAAAAAUUAUAUUGAGUAAAUAUCUUUAAUGGGAGGUUCUGUUUUCCUUGGUAACCAAACUCCUGCUGCAGAGUUUAAUAUUAUGUCUGACCCAGAAGCUGCUUAAAUUGUUUUUUAGUCAGGAUUGAGAGUAACCUUGGUGCCAAUUGAUUUGACUCAUAAAGUAGGAGUAACUUAAGAAAUAAUUCAGAAAAUAGAGUUAUAUAAAUCUGAGUUUGGCAAAAAUGUUAUUGGAUUUCUGACCUACUAUAUGGGAAGAUAUAAAUAAAGAUAUGGGUGGGACUAUGCACCUUUGCAUGAUCCUGUAUCUGUUUUUUAUAUUAUAAAUCCUGAUGCCUUUUCUACAAAGUUUAGAAAUGUAGAAAUUGACACUGUAAGCCCACUUUGUUUAGGAAGAACUGUUGUAGAUGAAUACAGUGUAACUGGAAGAUAACCAAAUUGCUAUGUAGCAUGUGAAAUAAACAAAGAACUUUUUUGGUAAGAAAUGUUAUCUGCUUUGGAUUAAGCGAAUAAAAAUUCACCCAUGAAAUGA